AUGCAGCUGUCCAACCUCGCUAUCGCUGCCCUUGGCGUUCUGCCACUCGCCUACGGUACCAACUCUUCUUCCUCGGCUUCGGGAACCGCCACGUCCUCGGCAGCCGCCACAGCGUCCUCGUCGGCGUACACUCUCGACGUCAGCUUCCCAUCGACAAACGACUGGUGGGUCCUGGGCAUGGAGAACACGGCCACAUGGACGUUCACCCCAGAGGACCAGACCAUCAACUUCACCAUUGUGCUCACCAACCCAUCGAACCAAUCGCUUCUGUCGCUCAACGGGGACGUUACGGGUACAGUGUGGAGCGUGGACAUCGGGUCGUGGCUGGGUAGCUCCACCGACAUGGGUGACACCUACGCAAAUGGUCUCAAGUACUUUGCCAACCCCGGUGCCGGGUUUGUGCUGAGCUUCCGCGACGCUGAGAAUUCUGUCGAGUACGGCACGUCGCAGCCGUUCGAGAUCAAGGCCGCCAACUCGACGACGGACCCGGCCGCUCCCACCUCGGAUACGACCAGUGCGAACACCACGUCUACGUCAAGCGGACGCGAGACUGCGGGCGGUGCACACGGUGUCGGCCUGGUGGCGGUCGGGGUCGCGGGGGUUGCUGCUGCCAUUCUUGUUUGA